AUGAUCGAUGAAGCUGGGUAUGAUAAUAUGCUUCCAGGUAAUCCUUUGUCCACCAUACCAUCAGAAGAUGCCGACUUCAAUCAAGAGAAUAACAUGAUCAAUGGAGCUGGGUGUGGUUAUAUGUUUCCAGAUAAUCCUUUGUCCGCCAUAUCAUCAGGAGAUGCCAACUUCAAUCAAGCUGGAUUUUUAUCUGGUUAUAUAUUUCCAGAUAAUCCUUUGCCCGCCAUAUCAUCAGAAAAUACCGACUUCAAUCGAGAGAAUAACAUUAUCGAUGAUGCUGGAUUUUUAUCUGGUUAUACAUUUCCAGAUAAUCCUUUGUCCACCAUAUCAUCAGAAGGUGCCGACUUCAAUCAAGCUGGGUAUGGUUAUAUGUUUCCAGAUAAUCCUUUGUCCACCAUACCAUCAGGAGAUGCCAACUUCAAUCAAGAUAGAUUUUUAUCUGGAUAUGAUGGUAUUAGUAUGUUUUCAGAUAAUCCUUUGCCCAUACAAUCGGAAUAUGUCGACCUCAAUCAAGAUAAUCCUUUGUCCACCAUACUACCAGAAUAUGUUGACUUCAAUCAAGAUAAUAACACUCAACAUAUGAUGGAUUUGAGAUUUGAUUAUGGACGUAGACUUGGUGGUGUUCCUCUAACAUCUGAAGAAUAUGAUAUAUUAAUAAAACUUGAAAAUGAUUAG